AUGGCGGACAUGGAGAAAAUAUGCCCUGAGUCCUUUCCCUGUCGAGUCAGCUGUUUGGCAAAAACGUUUUUACAGGGAAAACUUUUCAUUCUUCUCUGCAUCCUCAUCGUGGAUUCCGGAGGAGCGAUGACCCACUGGGUUGUCACAGAGGACGGGAAAAUAAAACAGGAAGUUGAUUCACCUUUGAAUCUCAAGCAUCCGGAUGACGUGGUGAUCUUCAUGCGGCAGGAAUCUCGUGUUAGCUACCUCAAGAAACUGGAGAAGAUGCUAGUAGCACAGAAAAUUCACAUUGAGGAAAAUGAAGACAGGGACACCGGGCUAGAGCAGCGACACUACAAAGAGGAUGCAGAUUGCAUAAUGGCCAAAGUACCUCUUGGUGACCUUGACCUUUAUGAUGGAACUUACAUCUCUUUAGAGAGUAAAGACAUAAGCCCUGAGGACUAUGUGGAUUUACUCUCUGCUCUACCUCCGGAUCUUGAAAAGCCAGAUUGCGCAAAAGUAUUGGACCUACCUUAUAGUAUCCAUGCAUUCCAACAUCUUAGGGGUGUGCAAGAGCGGGCAAACCUCACCUCUCCAUUACUUUCAAAGGAGGACCCAAUUUUUAAUGCUUUGUCUCAUAAGCUGGGCCCCAUUAUAGACGUAGUGGGCCAUCGCAUCCAUCAGGCAUUGCUGAGGAAUGCAUCAUCCUGGGUGCUGUACAACAUGGCAUCUUUCUAUUGGCGUAUAAAAAACGAGCCUCUCAGGGCAAUGGAUUGCGUGGUGCGAGCUCUGCACUUUUCGCCUAGGCAUCACAAGGAUGUAGCGCUAGUUAAUAUGGCAAACAUCCUGCACCGCGCCCAUUUCUCAGCCGAUGCUGCUGUUCUAGCCCAUGCUGCUCUGGACCUCCCAUCGGACCUUUUCACCAGUCACUACACCUUGGGAAACAUUUAUGCUAUGCUUGGGGAAUACAACCACUCAGUGCUUUGCUAUGAGCAGGCAUUACAGGCCCAGCCAGACUUUGAGUUGGCCUUAAGAAGGAAACAUGCUGUUCUCUGCCAGCAAAAGCUUGAGCAGCGCCUAGAAGCCCAACACAGAUCCUUGCAACGGACACUGAACGAGCUAAAGGAGUAUCAAAAGCAGCAUGAUCACUUCCUUCGCCAGCAGGAGGGGCUAGAUAAACACAAGCUGUUGAAGGAAGAGCAGGUCCUGCACGACAUUAUCCAUGAGACUCAAAUGGCCAAGGAAGCCCAACUUGGGAACCAUCAAAUUUGCCGCCUGGGUCAACAGCAAGGCAGCCUCCACUGCCCUUUCGAUCUACCUGUGCGCUACCAUCGGGGUGACCUGUUUGAACAUGUGGAUUUUGUGCAAUUUGGAGAAGAGAUAUCGGUAGCAUCCAGUGUGGCACUUGUGUCAGAUCACAAUUCAAAUCGGACGGCACACAGCCCUCAGCUCCAUCCUUCGAUGUCAGGUGACCAGGAUCCUGUUGCUGCUCUCUGGAGCAGUCAUUAUGAGGAUACACAGUAUGUGCAGAAGUUGAUGUGGCCUCAGAGGGAAGACUGUGUUCGUGAAUACCCAAGUGUCCCUCCUGCGCACCUUUUGCCAACAUUUCACUUUUUUUCCGAAACGAAGAAUCACAGCUCAGUGGCAACUGUCCUCUAUGGCAAUCACAGUCCUCCUCAGACAGUGAACCUGCCAGUUUGUGGUUCUGUCUCCCAAGUGCAUUCUACUCCCCUGCCUGCUUCAAUGGACUGGCUUUUUAAAGACAAGCUGCCAGAUCACUUUGCCUCCCAGAUAUUGCAGUCCCGGAGUGGCGGUUUGACAUUGGAACAAAUUGGUUCUAAAAUUGCUGAAAAGAUGAAAUUAGACAAGUUAUCCAGCUGGCAGGUCCACAAUGAAGCAUCUCUAUUCUGGCGGGCCCAAGGAAAUGGCAGUAGUGCCCUUCAGUGCCUGCGCCAAGUGUGGAUCAAAGCCCCGCAUUCCCACCGCCCUUUGGCCCUCACAAAUGCUGCUAACUUGAUGCUACAUUAUGGAUUGACAACCCACGCGGAAGCAUUGGUCGAGCAAGCACUGGCUUACAAUGCAACUGAGCCCCAUGCACUACUCAGCCUCGUGAGCUUGCGGUUGGCCCAGGGCAAUGUGACAGGAGCUCUGGCAUUAUUCCGUCACACCAUGAUGACAGCCGUUUCCUCCUCCAGUUCCUUCUCAUCCUUUGCUAACUGUGAACAGUGUCGCAAAAGCAUACCCCUUCUGCGAUGUCUGCAAUUUUAUCCCUUCCUUUACAAUCUCUCAAGCCAACAGCCCUGUUCACAGGGUUCUGUUUGCGGCCCUGAGGAUGACCUGGCCAUACAGUUGGAGGAGUGGGAGGGCGGUGAAGAAAAAGAGGAUAUGUCUUCCAUUUCAGCCAUAGAAGACUCUCUGCUUUUUGAAAGGGUAAUUCUGGACACAAAUGGAUCUGGUGAGGCUGCAGGAAAACUGCAGGCUGUCCAUUCUUCAGGGAUGAUCCCCUCACUUGGAGGUGAUGGGGUCAAUGGUGAGGAGUGGCAGCUGAAGGAGGACCUCAUGGGAGCUUUUGAAGGAGCUUUGGAUGUCAGUAGUAAACAAGGUGACUUGCGGGGUAUCCGGGUGCUCAAGAAUGACCAUGUGAUUGAGCCCCACGGUGGAGGAGGGCCCUGCUUAGGAAAUUGUGAGGAUGACGACGGAUCAGAAUGGAUUACCUUUCAAGUUAAGAGAGUAAAAAAGGCAAAGGUGGAUGGGACUGUGAAUGUAGCCAUCUCUGAUGAUGGCCAGGAUGGGGAGCCAUUGCCUGAAGGGAAUUCUAUUCUGGAAAUUAGCGGACCAACUAUCCCAUCAACAGGUCCUCCAGGUCGCUGGAGAGACUAUACUAGUCUUGGCUGGCCAGGGCCAGAGGAGUGUCAGCGCACUAGAAGGGUUGACCUCACCACUGCGGCAAGCACUUGGCUCGCUGUGUCGGCCAAGAACAUCGACAUCACAGAGCACAUAGAUUUUGCCACCCCACUCCAGGAGCCAGCUGCCGAGCCUUUAUGCAAUGCAAACCUUGCUGCCAGUAUGCACACCCUUGACCAUUUGGCAGGCAUGGCUAAUCGAGCUGCUAUCCACUACACAGGAGAGAGCCAACUCAGUGAGGUACUACAAAAUCUUGGCAAAGAGGAAUUCUCCCCUCAGUCCUUUGAGCAGGUGGGGACUCGAAUUGCCAAAGUAUUGGAGAAGAAUCAGACAUCGUGGGUAUUAUCCAGUAUGGCUGCACUUUAUUGGAGAGUGAAAGGUCAAGGCAAGAGAGCGAUUGACUGCCUACGACAAGCCCUCAAUUAUGCUCCCUAUCACAUGAAGGAUGUUCCCCUCAUCAGCUUGGCCAACAUCUUCCAGAAUGCUCGAUUGUGGGAAGAUGCGCUUACUGUUGCGCGCAUGGCCGUAGAAAUUACUCCACACUUUGUUGUUAAUCACUUCACUCUUGCCAACGUCUACAUAGCAAUGGAGGAGUUUGAAAAGGCAAUGCACUGGUACGAGUCCACGUUGAAACUGCAACCUGAGUUCGCCCCUGCCAAAGACCGACUGAGGACUAUUCAGUGUUACCUCCUUACCAAGAGGGAACGUCGUUAUCCCUAA